AUGGGAAACUACUCUUGCACUUGUGAUAAUAGAUCUGAUGAAAAUGGUUAAGUUACUAACACAGAAAAUACCCCUAGAAAUCAUAGCAAGCCUGAAAAACUGCCAAGCAUUAGUCAUGCUGUAAAGUCAUCCAUUAAAAAAGUAAAUAAUGAAAGGAAGGAUUUAAACAGCAAAAUACUCGUUGAAAAUAAUAAUAACAGCAAUGGAGCACUUAUACAAUCUAAUGAUCCUGCCAAGCAGCUUAUAUAAGAAAAAAGGUAAUAAAUGCUAGAAAAAGGAGAAACUAAAUUAUUGAUCUCUGAAAAUGUGCUAAAGUAAAAUAUAUUUGAAAGCCAGCAAAAGAAUCAAAACUAGGAGAAUGUGUAAGUUCAAGAUUAAAAAUAAAAAGGAAGAGAUUUGGAAGAAUCGAAAGGGGAUAGAUUAUUGCAAAAUUCUUAAAAUCAAUCCAUUUAAAAUCAAUAAUAACAAGCGAAAAUCCAGACCAAUGAACCUAAGACCUUGUAUGAUAAAUUAGGAGGAGAUGAAGGUUGCAAAAUAUUCGUUUCUAACACGAUGAAGAAAGUCUUUGCAGACCCUUAAUUCAAUCAGUAUUUCAAGAAUAUUAACUUGGAUCUUCAUAAUGAGAAAUUCACUUAUUUCAUCGGUUAUUUAACUGGAGCUCAUUAACAUUGGAUUGGAUAAAGUCUUCAUGAAGCUCAUUCAAAAUUCAAAAUCAAUGACAACUAAUUCGAUGGCUUCGUUAGUCAUUGCGUUUAAUCAAUGAAAGAGAUGAGAGUUAAGCAGGAUUGCUUAAGAGAAAUGGUUAAAGUGCUAUAAAAUUUAAGAGAUCAAUUUGUUAGCAAGCAAGAAGAGGAGCCUUAACGUACUUUACUUGACAAAUUGGGUGGAUAAUAAAAUGUUAAAAUAUUAGCUGAAUCAACUAUGAAUAAAGUUCUUGAAUGUACAAAAUUAAAACCAUAUUUUGAUAGCACUCCAAUUAGUCUUCAUUAAAAGAGAUUAGCCUCUUACAUCGUAUCAAUAAUAGGAAGUAAUGAGCAAGAAUGGAUUGGUAGAUCCCUAAAAUAAUCUCACUAAGGAAAAGACAUCAGUGAAGCACACUUUGAUUUAAUGAUAAAAUAUAUUGAAGAAGCUGCUAGAGAAUUAAAAGGCAUAAGUAAUGAUACUGUAGAUGAAUUCAUGAAAGUUAUAAAAGGAUUAGAAAAGGACAUUGUAGAAGAGAAUAAGUCAAUAACUCUAUUAGAAAAAAUUGAUAAUAAUGAUUUCUUCGAACCAGUAAUGAACAGAUUUGUAGAUAAAAUGAUGAAAGAUCACAUACUUGGAAGAUAUUUUUAAAAUAUGAAGAUGAAACAUAUGAUCCCUAAUAAAAUAAUGCUUUUUUUCGCUUAUUCAAAAGGUAUCAUGAAUCCUGAUGAUAAAUAAUCAAUAAGAGCGAUACAUUAAGGAUUGAAAAUAUCUCCUGAAGAUUUUGAGAGAUCAAUCAUAUUUUUUAAGGAAUCUCUCUAUGAGUUUUGCAUAGAUCCAGCAAUUGUUGAAGAAGCAGUUCAAUUCUACAAAACUUUAAGAAAGGAGCUAGCAUACUAUCCAGAGGAUCACAUUGAAGAAAUUAAAAGAGAAGGAUAACAAUAUCAAGAAUAAAGUAGGAGGGAGCAAAGUUUAAUAUAAGAAAAAAUGAAAAGCGCAAUUGAAGAGGAAAGUCAUAAAAGACAAAUGAAUCAAAUUCUAGAUAAUAUAAUACAGAAUAAUCCUGUUCCACACUCACAAAAUCUGCCUUACAAAACUCUAGGAGGAUUAAAUGACAAUGUAAAGAAAGACUCUGAUAAUAGAAUUUCUUCGUUUAGACUUGAAUCUGAAAAUCCAAAAAAUUAAUCUGACAUUUCUUCCUUUAUUGUAAAGGGAGGCUCGCCAGUGGAGCAUUUAAAAUAGUUAUAAUUAAGCUAACCCAAAUAAGAUCUUGAUGAUGACCUUAAAGUUAUAGAAGAGAAGAAAAUUGAAGAGAGUAUUGCUAAGCUUGAUUUAUAGUAAAGUAAAAAUUAAGAAUCUAAAUAUAUCUCCCAGACAGAAAAAAUUUAAUCUUUAAAAUUUGAUGAUAUUGAUUAAGAACCUGAGAUAUUUGAAUAGAAAGAAUAAUUACCUUAAGAGAUCGAAAUAAUUGAAUAAGAGGAGAAAUAAUAAAUUGUUUAAGCUGUUUAAGAAUUUGAAAAAUUAAAAACUGAGAUUUAAGAAGAUAAAAGUGUCAUUAUUGAUGAAAAACGAAAAUAAUAGGGAUAUUAACAAUAAACUAAGUUUAAGUACUUUUUCUAUGAUCUUUUGAGUGGGGAAACUGGAAGAACUCACGAGUAAAGAAGUGUUUUACAAUCUCAAAUUUUUCAAGGUGAACUCAACAGAUUUAUGGAGAAAUAAAAAUCUCAACUACCUAGAUGGUUAGUUCUUAAUAAUAAAGCACUCUUUAUUUAUAAAGAUGAAUUAAACGCAAAAAGCUUUCCUUAAAAACCAUUAUACGCCAUUCCCUUACCAGAAAUAAGUUAGGUGAAUUCAAAGGAAGUUCUUUUACACCCAAAUCAAAGAAAAAAUCAAGCGCUGCAUUUUCUAGAAAUAGAGCUUCGAGAAAAAUAUGGAUAAAUAGCACAAUCUAUAGCCUAAUUAUUUUCAGGCUCUUCUAUAAAAAUGAGUAAUCCAAAUGAUAGAAAUGACAGUCCUGUGAGGGAAAAUAAAACAAAAUAUUGCUAAAAAUAAAACAUUUCUCAUUAAAAUCAUUCAUACGAUGAUUAAAUGCUUUUCUUUGUUUCAUAAUCAAAGAAAAGUGUAAGUGAUUGGCAUAGAAGAUUAAAGAACCUACUUAAAUAAGAAUGUAAUUUUAAUCAGGACUUGUUGGCAGAAUCCUCUAUAAGAUAAAGCGAUGUAAAAGACGAAAAAUAAGAUGAGUAGAUACUCUUCAAUCUUUAGUAAGAGCAGCCAUAAUACUAAUAACCAGAGAGGUAAAUAUCUAUCAAGUAGCAAACUCAAUAAUUAGUAGUUGAAUAGGCAGAUGAAGUUCCCAAUCAAGAGCAAAAAGUUAAAUCAGACGAAGUUAAUUCAGAGAAAGAAGAUAUUCGUUCUUUAGGAGUUAAUUAAUAGGAAGAAGUCGACAGCUUUAAGGAAGAUGAUGAUAUGAAAUCAGGCAAUGAAUAAAAUGGACAGCAAAUUUAAGAGUAAAAUGAAGAUAUCUAAAAAGAAGAGAUAAAAGAGGCAAUAAAUUAAAGUUCCAACAAUCAUAAUAGUAACAAUUAAGAUGAUGAGCAGAAAGUUUCGAGCUUUAAAAGAGCGAUGACAGUAAAGCACACUAGUUAAAAUAAAAUCGAAUAAAUUGAUGUACCUUUACCACAAAAGACUGUUAAAAAGCCUUUAAAAUUUUCAAUUGGUAAGCUCAUUCAUCAAGAUACUGUAAAGGAUGAUCAGAUAUCCAAAAAACUUUAUUAUCGAUUAGGUGGCCAAGUUAUUAUCGAAUAAUUAGUAGAUGAAAUGUUCAACAAGAUUAAUAAAGAUUAGAAGCUUAAAAUAUUCUUCUAAAAUAAUAAAGAUGAUAAACAAGAUUUUGAAAAGUUUAUGACCUAUAUCACUGAAGGCUCUUCUAUUUUCAUCAUGAAUCCUCUAAUAGUAAUCAGUAAAAAAGAGAUUGGAUCUCAAUUUAAGAAAAUAGACUUUGAUAAAAUUGCUGGAUGUUUAGUAACAACUCUAUAGGGCUUGAGCAUAAAUCAGGACCUAAUUAACGAACUUAUCCAAAUUUUACUUCCACAGAGAGAGCAGUUUAACGAUUGA